GUUCACGACGUUUCGAAGGCUGACCUGAAGUAUCUCGAAGACUUCGAUGUGUCCCAUUCGAAUGCUUCGCUUGCAGUGCUUACGACAGCAGAGGACUAUUCUAGACGACUCUCGCAUCAUCGAAGAUGACUCCAGAACACCUCGUAGGCAUCCAUAGAUAGGUCUUCCACAGGUAUAAGUAUGCACUGCUCUCACUCUCUUCAGCUCAUCAUCAGAACAACAAGAAACAACUCACAAGCACUACAUGCAAAGAACACUCUUCAACAACCUACCGCGAGUCGCACGCACCUGCAAACCUACUCCAUCAACCUACACCACCACACGCAAAAUGUCUUUCUUCCCACGCGCAUUCGAACAGGAGUUCGCAACCUUCCAGCCUCUCUUCAAGCUGGCAGAUGACUACUCCCGCCACGUGGCAAACACAUCCGGCAAUGGCAACUACUCCGUCUCCCGCUCCUUCAAGUCUUUCACACCAAAAGUGGACGUGAAGGAGAAUCAACAGAACUACGAAAUCCACGCCGAACUGCCAGGAAUCCAGCAAAAGGACAUUAACAUCGAGUUCACCGACAGCCAAACCCUCACCAUCAAGGGCCGCACUGAACACGUCCGCGAAGAGGGCACUCGCCCAUCCGGCUUCAUCGAGGGUUCCGCUGAGCAAGGCAAGAUCGAAGACUCGAACAAAUCCCACCAGCCAACUGUCGAGGACGAGAACGCAGCCAACUCGACUCAAGUCCAGAAGUCUUCGGCCGACAGCAAGCAAGUCCAGCAACACCAAGCACCAAAGGAGAAGUACUGGCUCUCUGAACGCUCGGUUGGAGAGUUCGCUCGCACAUUCUCCUUCCCUGCUCGAGUCGAUCAGGAUAAUGUGAAGGCCAGCUUGAAGGAUGGAAUUCUUUCGAUUGUUGUGCCCAAGGCUCCGGCUCCUUCGAGCAAGAAGAUCAACAUUGAGUAGAGGAUCGACUGACUAGGUCUGACUUCGAGAUUCGAGGGGGAUUUCGCAUGGCGGAGGAGUUAGUGGGGAAUUCGAGCUUGUAUUUCUGACGAAUAAUGAAUGAUGAGUUGUAUACUAGUGUAGCAGUUAAUGGAAUCAGUUCAUCAAAAUUUGCAAUACCUUCUCCCUUUCAAUUUUUCAAACUUGUUGCUUCUGUUUGAGCGAUGC